AUAAUAUUCCCCCAGAAACCUACUAGUCUUUCUCUUAUGUCUCAUUUACAUUUAGCCUCUCAUCCAUUGCUUCUUUUUGCUUCCAAAUAGUAACAACCAUGUUCAGGCCAGGGUUCGUACCAGCUUCCAACCAUGCUCAACUUCCUCAGUGGAAAGACACUUGGACACGAGUGCUACCUGCUCUGACUUUAUGGAUAUGUGUGUCGGUAAUCCUCCGAUAUGGCUACUAUGGGAAUUGCAGUAUGGUGCUUGGACCAAGCUCUUCUCGGUUGAUGAAGGCCAGUUCUGUUUUUGUACAACAGGUUCAAGUAAGAGAUGAAAAUUGGAAAGGGGCUCUUGUUUAUGUGUUUCCAGAGAAACCAGAGUUAAGCAACGAAGUAAAUUGGAACUUUUCAAAUUAUUUGAUUGUUGGAGCAUAUGAUCGCAAGCGAUACUCUUUGUGGUUAAACAAGGGUUCUAGGAUCCACAUAAGAUGGGCAACUCAACCCAGUAGAUUAGACAAAAUUGAACUCAUUAUCAUAAAAGGAGAAAAAAAACCAGAAACGUUGCUGCCCGAACGAACAGUGCCAUUUGGUGCCCUUUUCCUGAAUGAACCAGUAACGGGUAAAGAAGCAGAGUACAACAUUGAGGAAGAUGACAAGUACUCUGUAGGUCUAAUUAACUCGAACCCUAGAAGCAUAAUUAUUACAUUUAGUUUAAAUGUUACAUCCAAAGUUUAUGAUGUAACAAAAGCUAGCGAUAUGUGUUCAACACUAAAUGGUUCAUGCCGGCUCCAACUUCAGUUUCCCCACACUCAGUAUGUUAUAGUUUCAACUCCUGAUAAUGGUGAUAUUGCCGGACGGUACGUUGAGCUGUCUUUUGUUGCUCGAGUUGUUACUUACAUUGCAAUUUUAGGUUUCUUCAUCAUUAUCAUUUUAUUGGUGCUGAAAUACCUAGGAGCAUGCAAUGAUGAGAUAAUUAAUAGUAAUACAACGUUCAGGGAAAUAUCGUGGAGGACGGAGACUGACCCUAUUUUACCGGAGAAGUCAGUUCGGUUGACCUACGGAACAACGGCAGAGGACGACAAUGAUGAUGCCGAAACCGGAUCUUCAAGUAGCUCGUCGGAGGAUUUAUAUGAUGCGAAAUUAUGUGUAAUAUGCUAUGAUGAUCAACGCAACUGCUUCUUCGUCCCAUGUGGACACUGUGCGACUUGCUAUGAUUGUGCUCAAAGGAUUAUGGAGGAAGAAAACAAGGUGUGUCCAAUAUGUCGAAGAUUGAUUCACAAAGUAAGAAGAUUGUUUAGUCCAUAGAAUUAGGUAAUGAAAUGAGAUUGUAUAUUAAUGCCAGCAUGGUUCUAUCUACCGAACUGAGUGCCUCGUUUAGGUUUUGGUACGAGUCUGGGUUCGGAGUUUUUCUUUUGUUUUUUCUCAAUCAAGCAACAUGAAAAACUCGGAUAUAGAUGGAGGGCUUGGGGGAACCGAUGCAAGCAACAUGUGGUUUUUGCUUAGAAUGAUAUGUUCACUUGGUAGGCUAAGGAGUCAUUGUUUGUCCCCAUGGUGAAAUCAUGUGUUGAUUUGCUUACAA